AUGCGGCGGUCUAUAUUGUUCGCUCGACCGCUCGUGCGGGCCCUCGUACCUGUUCAACGCUAUCAGCUAGCAUUGCAAAGAUGUUUCGCCGCCACUCCCCGUCUCGCACUUGACCCAAGGCGCGCUGCUGGGAAAAUUGAAAUCAAAACCAUCGAUGACAAAAUCGCUGCAUUCACACUCAACGAAAGGAUCCGGUCCCCCAAAGUCCAACUCAAAGGUCCUGAUGGAAAACUGUCUGAGCCGCAGUCGCUCUACAAGCUGCUCGAUUCGAUCGACCGCACCACGCAAUAUGUGCUACAAAUGAACAAACCUGCAGAAGGCGAGAUGGCUAUUGUGCAGAUUGUGACACGUGCAGAGCUGAUCCAAAGGAUCAACCGCCAAGAGGACUUGCUGAAGAAUCAGAAACGGCUCGAAAAGGAGAAGAGACCGAAACAAUUGGAGCUCAACUGGGCCAUCAGCGCCAACGACCUCCAGCUCAAGAUGAAGCAGAUGCAAGAAUUUCUAAAGAAAGGAAAGAAGGUCGAGCUAUUAUUGGCAAACAAAAGGCACCAGCGGAAAGCCUCGCAGGCGGAAGCAGAGGCGUUGCUGAAGACCGUUAGAGAUAAGGUCGAAGAAGUCGGUGCCGCCGAAGUCGUGCCCAUGGAGGGAGCGAUCCUUAGGCAGGCUAUCUUGACUGUCAAGAUGCGCGGAACUUGA